AUAAAAAAAAAAAAUCAAAUUCAAGAUAUCCUGAGAGACUAGAAUGACCAAAACAAGAUGCGUGCAUCAGCAUUUUUGGAAACUUGUACAACAUCUUAAGAAGACUCUUAGGUUCAAAGCUUCCGACAAAAGUCACAGCGUUACUGAGUCGUUGUCUUUGGAUGAUUUACCGGAAGAAUGUAUCUCAAUCAUAAUCUCUUUCACAAGUCCACGAGAUGCGUACGUCUUUGCUUCUGUUUCGAAGACCUUUGCAUCCGCUAUCCAAUCCGAUAUCGUCUGGGAGAAGUUUAUUCCAUCGGAGUAUAAAUCUUUGAUUCCUCAAUCGCGAGAUUUCUUAUCCAAGAAAGAGCUCUACUUUGCUCUUUGCCACGAAUCUGUUCUAAUCGACGAUGGCAAAAAGAUCUUAUGGAUAGAAAGAGAGACUGCAAAGAGAUGUAUCAUGUUAUCUGCGAUGAACCUUUCAAUCACGUGGGGUGAUUCUCCUCAGAGUUGGCGAUGGGUACCAGAUCCCCAAGCUAGGUUUGAAACAGUAGCAGAGCUACUUGAAGUAUGUUUGUUUGAGAUUCGUGGAAGAAUAAAUACUCGUGUCCUAUCUCCAAGAACUCGUUACUCCGUUUACAUUGUGUUCAUGAAAGUGAAUAUAUGUUACGGCUUUGAGAAUGUAGCCGUGGAAGUUGUAGUUGGAGUGGUGGGGAAGGAUUUAGAAGAAUCUUGUAGAAGGUAUGUAUGUUUUGAUGAGGCUAGGGAUGAGCAGUUUCGAAGGAGAGACAGGGGAAAGAACCUAGUGAAACCAGAGAGGAGAAAUGAUGGGUGGAUGGAGAUAAAUCUUGGGGAAUUUUUCAAUGAAGGAGGAUUAUCGAAGUACGAUGAAAUUGAGGUGGUUGCUUUAGAGAAUAAGCAACGUCAUUGGAAACGUGGCUUGAUCAUUCGAGGAAUUGAAAUCCGUCCUGCGAAGGUCCGGUAGUGAAAUGCCAAGAAUGAUGGUUUUUACCCUAUCAACCUCUCAUCUAUUGGUAAAUUAUUGUUAAUUGGUAAUGCGCAUGGAGUGAUAAAGGCAACUCUAAUAACAAAAACGUGUUUUCAGUUAUGUGUGGUAUAAGCUAAGUUCACCCUUUGUUCAUAUAGUGGAGGAUGUGGCGCCUUGUAAGUAAGUUAUAACCUUUGUUGAUCUCAUUAUAUGGGUUGUUAGAAGAUUUCCACU